CGGAAAGUUUGUCUCUGUGGUUGGCUGCGCGGCCGGGCUGAGGAGGGGGACGGCGGUAGUAGCGGCGGCGACUGAGAGGCGGGCGGCUCCCUCUGUCCCUCCCUCCUGCCGGCUCCCAGGGCAAGCCAGCCAGCGGGGAGCAAACGAGCGAGCGCUGUUCGCUGGUCUUCCUCGAGGUCGGGUUGGCAUUUUUGCCCAACUCCCGUUUCAGCGGCUCCCCUUGAGUUGACGCGGCUGGCUGGUUGGCUGAGUGACCCACCGACAGACCUGGGGUCUCUGGGUGGCUCUCGGCGCGCUUAUCCCCCGCCCCCAAUUCUGGUCACAGCGGCAUGGGGCACCGAGGGGAGAACGCGCCCCUUCUGCUGCUCCUCCUAUCGCUAUGUGCUUCCUGUCAUGGCCGUAUUGUGAAGGUGCCUGCUGGCCCCUUGGUACGAGUUGAGGGCACAGAGGUGGUGAUUCCAUGCAAUGUUAGUCAAUAUGAAGGACCCAUUGAACAGAACUUUGACUGGGAGUUCUCUACAAACCCUGCUCAGGAUUCUAAAUUUGUGCAUAUAGUGAGUACUUGGGACCCUUGGUUCACAUCUCAGGAAUACAAAGAACGGGUUAACCGUAAAGAGAUCACACUGAGACGAAACAGCAACAAUUCUGUGGAACUUGUGAUUGGAAACAUCUGCCCUACUGACCAAGGGAUGUACCGAUGCACUACACCUAGCACGGAUGCUGUCUUUCAGGGAAAUUACAAUGCUGUAGUCGAAGUCAAAGUGAUUGCAGAUGGCUUAACCAUUAGUGGGUCAAAAGCCCGCUCCACAUCCACUUGGAACUUAUCUGAAGGAGAUUCAUUUCAGUUGCGCUGCUCAGCGUACACCAAUUCUUCAGAGCACACCCAUCUAUAUGUUUCUUGGGAAUUCAAAAAUGGCCUUGCUUGGCAAAAAAUCCUCUCCUUGACGCAUGAGGGCAAGUUCCAGCCUAGCUCAGAGUAUAACGAUCGCUUCAUCAGUGGAGAUGUGCGCUUGGAUGCCAUGGCCAAUGACAUUUAUCGCUUGUCUAUGUCCCAAGCUCUUCCAACAGAUGAAGGUGCCUAUAUGUGUCGAGUGAGUGAGUGGGUUAAAGGUGUAGAUGGUUCAUGGCAAAAGAUCCAAGAGAAGACUGUAGAUGUAGCAAAUGUUGUUGUGCAGCCAACAGCUUUAGGUGUGUUCAUCACCAGAAGCAAUGUAUCUGUGACAGAGAGAGACUCCCUUGACCUUACCUGCAACUUUACGACAGACAGAAGUGGCAUUUUCCAAGUGGAAAUCACAUGGUACUUCAGUGAAUCACCUGACAGCUCAUUGGCGGAAGCUCAGGUUUUACUGAGUGCAGACUGGGAUUCUGUAGUUAGUGACUCUACCCUCAUCAGCCUCAGCCAUGUAGACCGAAGUUCUUACCACCUAUUGGUACGAGAUGUUGGCACUGAAGACUCUGGUUAUUACUUUUGCCAAGCAGCUCUUUGGGUCCCACAGCACAAUGGAAGCUGGCACAAGGUAGCAGAGAGAAUGUCUGUGCCAGUCACUGUAGAGAUACUGGCGUUAGAGCCAAAUUACCAAGUGUUUCUGAAAGCAGCUAAAACACCUAAGUUUUCAGAAGAUCCCACAGAACUGGAAUGUAGGAUCAUGGAGGCACAGAACAGUGAAGCAAAUAUACGUUUCACUGUGGCGUGGUACUACAGAUUGCCUGUGCGCAGUGAUGAAGUAGUAAAAAAUGAACUUCUUGCCACCAUGGAUGCAGACUGGACACUGGUAAUUGGGGACAGAAGCAAACAUCGGGCCCAGAAUGGUGAAAUUAUUUUCUCUAAACCAACUGUGGACACCUUCCGCUUACGAAUCCAGUGGACCUCUGAAGCAGACAGAGGAGAUUAUUAUUGUGUCAUUUCUUCAUGGAGCUGGCAACGAAACAACAGCUGGAUAAAGAUCAAGGAUGUGGCUUCCAUGCCUGUAAGCAUUUUAUGGUCUACACAAGAUUAUGUGCUGACUGUAGAGGCUGUGAAAUUGAAGCCAUUCUUCAUGGCAGGGCACACCUUUGAAAUGACAUGCAAGGUGUCUUCCCAGAACAUCAAGACUCCUCGUUACUCAGUACUUAUUACAGCUGAGAAGCAUCUGAAUGAUCAGUCGAAUCCUAAUGGGACCACCCGCAUAAUUUCUCUCAAUCAAGACUCAGUGGUCAGACGGGAAGAUUGGACAGACCAGGACCGGGUGGAUGGUGUGGUCUUGGAAAAGGUUCAGGAGAAUGAGUUCCGCUACAGGAUGUACCAGACGCAGAUUUCUGAUGCUGGGCUCUAUCGCUGUGUAGUAACUGCAUGGUCGCCAGGGGGUGGAGGCUUGUGGCGAGAGGCAGUCAAUGGUUUAUCCAAUCCAAUCCAGAUAGACUUCCAGACCUCAGGUCCUGUUUUCAAUGUCUCAGUGCAUUCAGAUAGUCCAACAGUUUAUCGAGGAGAGCUGGUGAAUUUAGUUUGCAUCAUCACCAUUGAAGGAACAGCACUUGAUCCAGAUGAUAUGUCCUUUGAUGUCUCUUGGUUUGCCGUGCGCUCUAUCACAACAGACAGAGACCCUGUUUUCCUAACUUCAUUAGAUCGGAAAGGGAUAGUGACCCAGGCCAGAAGAAAUGGGAGUAGUGAUGUCAGCUUGGAGAGGAUCACCCCCCUGGAGUUCCGUCUUAGAGUUCAUGGCUGUGAAGACCAUGACUUUGGCAACCACUACUGCUUAGUAACCCCCUGGGUGCAGUCAGCUGCAGGUAUCUGGCAACAGGAGAUGGAGGUCAAAUCCAAACCAAUCCUUGUAACUGUGAAAAUGGAUGUGCUGAACGCUUUCAGAUUUCCACUGUUGAUUGGCAUUGGUCUGGCCACGAUAAUUGGACUCUUAUCUUGUCUGAUUGGCUACUGCAGUUCCCGUUGGUGUUGCAAGAAGGAAGUUCAAGAAACCAGACGAGAGAGACACCGACUUAUGUCAAUGGAAAUGGACUAAGUUUAAAAGUUGAGGUGGAUGCACACAUUUUUGGGAGGAAGGGGAUUUUGGAAGGCCUAAGGCUACUCAGACUUGAGUGUGUCAAACCAAAAUGCCCUGCCAACAAUUGUCUGAUCUUGUCCUGGACCUAAAGUGUCUCCUUUUCUCAGUGUUUCACAUUUAGAGCACAUGUAGUAUUUGUCACCAUUGAGCUCUUCUUCCAAUGGCACUUUUUUGAGGGAUAGCUACAGUGUUCUUCCCACAGACCUUUAGACAAGACUCGCUAUCAAGGCUUCUGUUUAAAAUAUUUUCCUUUGUUUAUAGAAAGGUGAAAUUGGAAGAGCUCAGAGACAAUAAUGUCUUCCAUUGUAACUAUCUGAUCCCCAGUUAACAUCUGUAGAGAACGGAGAAAACAUUCUAAUGAGGAAAUUCUUCUCUCUCUUAUUGGUGAGAUUGAGGUUCAUUCUAAGCUAAACCUUGGAUUGUAGUUUCUGAAGUCAUUAUUUUAAAAAUGGUGCUGGUUUAGCAGCCCUGCAAAGGAAGUGGACAGCAAUACAAACCUUCGCUUACAGUGUCCUGCCUCUCACUGUGCUUCAUACAGUACCCACUAUUAUCAUACUGGUAAGAGAUGUUUGAGUUUCUGUGCCCUGCUUAUUACUAAGUGUCUCAACAUAAAGUGCCACCAGAUUUUCUGCUCACUGUGCUGGGGGAGUUUUACAUAAUGAACACUUCAACUCUAGAAACUGGAUGGAGACUACUAGAUGUUAUUAUGUAGAUUGCAGGUCUGUUUAAUUCAAGAAACAGAAGGUCUAAAAUUGAGGCAGAAUCCUCCUUGUACAAACAUUCCUCAAUUGAGGAAAAAAGAAAAAGGUUAGUCACAGCUAGUAGUGUGCCAUGAAAAAGUAAGGUGCACCAUGACGGAGACCCCUGUAGAUCAGUGAACAAGUGACUAGAUCCACAGCUUGUUGUUGGGGAAGUUACACAAUUAGUCUCCAAAUAGACUUUGGCAUUGGUCAAUGUCUGCAAUUGUAACUCAGGGUAAGGGUGAGGGGGGAGGGAGGAAUAGAAUGGAUUUAUGUGGGAAAGAGUACUUCUUUUCUGGAUGUUCCUUUGUGCAUGCCAUAAAGCCUAUUGCUGCAUCCUGCAGCAUAUCCUUUGCCCACUCACUAGCAUAAUAGGGAUCUCUGGUGCUAUAGUAGAGAGACCUAGUUCUUGUCUUCCAGAUAACCUUAUCCCAGAUCCAAGGAGCUGCCUCUGUGACUUAAGGCAUCUACAUCUUCCGGCACAGCCAGCAUUUCUAAGCAAUAAGAAGUCAGAGCAUAGGCAUUCUCCAGAAAACAUUAUAUAUAAGACAUGCAUGACUCAAAUCUAGCUAAGAUUGAACAUUCAAGUAAAGAGCAAAUAACCCUUCUACUCUAGUUGAAGAGCAGACAUCAGUCAACCUGCAAAAUAAAUUGGUUAAUGCAAGUUGAAUGGAUUGUGCACAUACACAUGGAGGUGUGUAGGAUGUUAUGCAUGUAGAGAGCAGUGGGUGCAAUCCCUGUUUUGUGAUGCCAUUUUGCACAUUCAUCUGAAGGCAUAGAUAAUGUGCACAAAGUUUGUGGAUACCUCUUCAACUUGCAUUGAUUCCAGACUAUGCACAUAGCUAGGUGUGGAUAUCUCAGAAUUAAAGCUUGCAAACUGAAGUCCCUGAAAAGAUACUGACCUUGAGAAGUGUAGGAACCCACUGGAAAUCUGCAACAUUUAAGUUGUACAGAGUCAACAUGGCUGGAGUAUCCAGAAGACUUAGUAAAUAUGAGAGUUCUGGUUGGCUGACCGCUGUAGUCUUUUUCGCUCUUCUCUGUGGCAAACUGAUAUUUAGGGCAUUACCCUAGGUGACUUAUAUUUAAUCUGAUAUACCACUCAUCUAAACAAAUCUUAUGUCUUAAUCUUUCAUGUUAUGAGCUAAUGUAGUUGAGUUCUCCACACUACAAGGUCUGGUUUUUAAUAUAGAUAUAUAUGGAGAGAAGAAGCAGUUAUCUAAAGCACAAAUUUCAUGCAUCUUAUGUUCUCUGUCUCUCAGUUCUCAAAUCUUGAGGAAGAAACAAAAACAUAUUUAAAUGCAAUAACAAUAAAAUGGCUGAGCCCAGGAAAGCUUAAUAUUCUUUAAGCACUUAUUGCACACUGGCAUUUUGUGUCUCUUUGGAAAGAAACUCAGGGUUAUUUUGGUUCAGGGAUUCCUUGCCUUUCAUAGCAGGGUUCCUGUCUCUCAAGUUGCUGCCCACUGUUCCUCGACCCAGGGGCAGGAGGGGAGCUGUUUUUCUUCUAAACAAAAUUUGGCCACUUGGUUCAACUGUUCCUUUUGAUUUGAAUUAAGGUUUUUCUCUCGUACUUAACUAUACCUUGAAGUACCACUCCAGCAGUCUCCUUCCAAUUGUGCCAAUUUUAUAUUGUUUCUGUCUUUUAUAAAAGUUGAACUUCUGUCUCCAGAAAAUAUUCAUUGCUUCUGUUUUGUUUUAACACUCUCUGGUAUCUCUGUGGAGAAAGAGUUGCGUGGGAUUCAGUUAGGUGUUCAACAGUGUUUGUCAGAGUUGCAGUCAUGGAAUCCACAGUCAAGUAUUCUAAGGGCUUCUAUCAAACCUAAUUUGUCUUUCCAUAUUUCCAGAUCACAACUGGGAAUUCAGGACACUUGGAACAUGAAUUGGGUAUCAUUUCAAAAACAUCUUCUUUAAAGGACAAGAAAUAUUUUUGUUGGUUUUGAAGAAAAGUUUUAGGCACAGCUCUGGAAGCUUUUAAAGAAAUGUGUUCAGCACGGCUUUGGAAGAUAGGAAUUGAACAGUUAUAAUGAUGCUGUGUGAUGUGUUUUUUACAUUGAAAAUAAAUUGUUUUUUUAUAAAA